AUGACUUUCAGAGAUAAUCAAAUUUGUAUCCCGAUGUUGCAAAGAAACACCAAUGGCCUGCCCGGGAUGUCCUCCAGGGACCUGCAGACAUCUACUGAGGGGGCUGUGUUGAGUUUUCAUCACAUCUACUAUCGAGUAAAAGUAAAGAGUGGCUUUCUACCUGGUCAGAAUAAAGAGGAGUUAGAAAUACUAUCAGAUAUCAAUGGGAUCAUGAAACCUGGCCUCAAUGCUAUCCUGGGACCCACAGGUGGAGGCAAAUCUUUUUUGUUAGAUAUCUUAGCUGCAAGGAAGGAUCCACGUGGAUUAUCUGGAGAAGUUUUGGUAAAUGGAGCACCUCGGAAUGCCAAUUUCCCAUGUGAGUCCGGUUAUGUGGUACAAGAUGAUGUUGUGAUGGGCACCCUGACAGUGAGAGAAAAUUUACAGUUCUCAGCGGCUCUUCGGCUUCCAACAACUGUGACAAAUCAAGAAAAAAAUGAGAGGAUCAACAAAGUCAUUAAAAAUUUAGGUCUGAGUAAAGUGGCUGAUGUUAAGGUUGGAACCCAGUUUAUAUCUGGAGGAGAAAGAAAAAGGACCAACAUAGCAAUGGAGCUGAUCAUGGAUCCUCCCAUCUUGUUCCUGGAUGAACCCACAACUGGUUUAGACUCGAGCACAGCUAGUACUGUCCUUUUGCUCCUGAAAAGGAUUUCUGAGCAGGGACGAACAAUCAUCUUCUCCAUUCAUCAACCUCAGUAUUCCAUCUUCAAGCUGUUUGACUGCCUCACAUUAUUGGCCUCAGGAAGACUUAUAUUCCAUGGUCCUGCCCAGGAGGCUUUGGGGUACUUUGAAUCAAUAGGUUACCCAUGUGAACCUUACAACAACCCUGCGGACUUCUUCCUGGAUAUCAUUAACGAAGACUUUUCUGCUGUGGGAUUAAACAGAGAGGAAGGAGACUGUGAAGCCAACGAGACUGAGCAGCUUUCUCAGAGAGAAAAGUCAGUCGUAGAAAAAUUAGUUGAAUAUUAUGCCACCUCCUCCUUCUACAGAGAUACCAAAGCUGAGUUAGAUGAACUUUCAGGAGGUCAGGAAAAGAAGAGGAGCUCAGCCUUCAAGAAAAUCACUUAUGUUACCUCCUUCUGUCAUCAGCUCAGAUGGAUUAUCAGGCGUUCCUUCAAAAAUGUACUGGGUAUUCCCCGUGCCUCUAUAGCUCAGAUAAUUGCCACAGUCAUACUUGGAGUGUUUGUAGGUGCCACUUUCCAAGGGCUAACAAAUAGUUGUAUGAAAACGGAGAGUAGAGCUGGGCUGCUUCUCGUGCUGGUGGUCUAUGAGUGUUUCAGCAGCAUAUUAGCUGGGCAGAUCUUUGUGGUCGAGAGGAAACUCUUUAUACACGAGUACAUCAGUGGAUACUACAGAUUGCCAUGUUAUUUCUUUGGAAAAUUGUUAUUUGAUUUAUUACCCAGGAAGUUGUUGCCAAGUAUGCUGUUCAUUUGUAUUAUAUACUUCAUGGCAGGAUUGAAACCAGAGGCAGGGGCUUUCUUCAUCACGAUAUUCACUGUUACGAUGGUGACGUACACGGCCAGUUCUUUGUCCCUGGCCAUGGCAACAGGCCAGAAUCUGCACUAUCUGUCAACACUCCUCAUGAACUUCUAUUUUGUGUUUAUGAUGGUGAAUAGUGGUGAUGUAGUCCAAAUAGUCAGUAUAGUUGGCACUUCAUGUCCAUGGCUUUCUUGGCUUCAGUACUUAAGUAUUCCUCAUUAUGGCUUUAGGGCUCUGCAGCAUACUCAAUUUUUGGGACAGAACUUCUGUUUAGAACUUGGUACAAUAGGAAGCAAUACCUGCAGCAACUAUGUGAUAUGUACCGGAGAAGAAUUCUUGACAGUCCAGGGCAUGGAUCUCUCACCUUGGGGUUUGUGGCAGAACCUCUUGGGUUUGGUUGUUUUAAUGAUUUUCUUUCUCAUAAUUACCUACUUCAGAUUGUUAUUUCUUAAAAAAUAUUCUUAA